CUAUCACUGUGGAAUGUCCUCUGGAAGCCAUGGAUGCUCGCUCUUGGGCCAUUUCUCGUACAUUUGGCGCACACGCACUUGAUUCCAAGGGUCGUUGCAUCUCCGAGUGAGUGAGUCCAAGUGGCUGCCUGCCAGUGUGCAGCCAUGCCCUGAAGCUAUGUAGUAUGUAUGUGCUGUGCGGUGUUGUGCUUUGCAGCAUUGAUGUCUGUCCACCACGGUGUAGUUCACCUUCAGUUGGGUUGCGCGACACGGUGAGUGUGUGUACAGAAGCGGUGGUCUGGGUCCCGGCCAGCACCCGCAAGCCGCUUAACAUGACCAAGUCGGGCUUACGGGCUGCUCGAAGCAGCGUGGAGGCUCUCGCGGCGGGCUGCUACUCGCCGACUGAGGGAGCGGGCUGGCCAGGCCCCCCUGCAGGUGCGUCAAUGGGCGUUCCUCUUCACCGCAACCCACCGUGGCCGCCGUCUGCCCUCGCCCAUGUGCUCUGGUCGGGGCGCGCGAUCCAGGCGGACACGCAAACACACCACCCACCACGCCCGGCCGCGCUCGGUCCCCCUCCACGCUCUGUUAUUUUCCUAGCGCUGCUUUUCACCGUCUGUAUAGCGAAGCAUAGCAGAGCAGCGCAUAGCAGCUCCUCCAGCAAGGGGGGGCUCAGAGCAGCAGAAGCGUGGCUGUCACCGACACCCCCUGCCCUCUGCACCAUCCACCCAUCCCAUCCAUCCAUCCAUCCAUCCCUCAUACUGUACCAUGCCUGGUGCCAUGCCUGGGGGCCAGACUAUCCACUCUCUCACCCACCACUCACACUGGCCAGCCUGCGUGUAUAA